AUGCAUCAAAAAAAUAAUAUAAUACAAUGGAAUUGUCGAGGUUUAAGUCAUAAUCUUAAUGAAGUUCAGCUAUUAAUGCAACAAUACAAUCCUUUGGCUAUUUGUCUCCAAGAGACUUUCCUCAAGCCAACGGAUUUGCGUUUAGUGCCAUUUAAACAUUUUGUUUCCUACCACCAUUAUGGCACUGGUGAUGAUAAGGUCUCGGGUGGUGUUUCUAUUAUUGUCAAUAGGAAUGUCGCCCAGUCCGAAAUCACACUCAAUUCUCCUCUGCAGGUAAUAGCCGUGCGAGUUACACUCCACGUACCUAUUACCAUUUGUUCCAUCUACUUACCACCCAGCUUAUCAUUGAACCUGAGAGAAUUGGAUGACCUUGUUGCCCAGCUUCCUUCUCCUUACAUUUUGUUAGGAGAUUUCAAUGGUCACCAUUCUUUCUGGGGUAGCUCCGAUGAUAAUACCAGAGGAAAAUUAAUAGCCGACUUCAUUUAUGACAAUGAUCUUUGCAUCUUUAAUGACGAAUCGCCUACGUAUUUCUGCUCAAAAAACCAAACUUUUUCUCAUCUAGAUCUGACAAUUAGCUCUCCAUCUUUGUUCCAAGAUUUUUCUUGGAGUGUCCACGACGAUCUCUGCCACAGUGAUCAUUAUCCUGUAAUUCUACGGAAUAAUGGUCCUUCACCAGUAGACAGGCCACAAAGAUGGAAACUCUCCAAAGCUAAUUGGCCUCUCUUUGAGGCUCUUUGCAUUUCUUCUUUUUCUCAAGAUGAUCUAGAUGAGGCAGAAGACCCGAUGGAAAUAUUUACCACCAUCUUACAAGAUGUAUCGGGCCAGGCGAUUCGUAAAACCUCGACAACUCCAAAACGAUUCAAUAAACCAUGGUUUAACGAAGACUGCAAGACAGCACUUAAAGAACGUAAUCGUGCUCUGCGACUGAUUGAACGUUCUCCUACCGCUGACAACAUGGCCUCUUUCCGCAUUGCACGGGCGAAAGCCAGGCGGACUAUCCGCCAAGCAAAGAGGUCGUCAUGGCAGGAGUAUGUUUCAAGGAUCAACAGUCGCACGUCUUCCAAAUCAGUCUGGGAUAGGAUCCGUAGGAUCAAGGGUGAAGCGGAUACAAUAUCUGUGAACCAUUUAGAGGUAGAUGGUUCAACUCUCACUACUCUUCCAGGUAUUGCUAAUUCCUUAGGCCAUAAUUUUUCUUAUAAUUCUUCCUCUAACUUUUCCUCGGAUGCUUUUCGGAGAGUGUAA